AUGGAGAGCGGCGAUCCUGAUCCAUCAGCAUUGGGGACUAGCGCCGGGAGCAGCCACGACAUCGGAGACGAGCAGCGCCAAGCAGGAGCGGCCGCUUCCGCGCCAUCUUCAGAGGCGUCAGCAGCGGCACCGCCGGCGGGCACAAGUAGCACGAGCACCAGUACGCCAGGUUCCCGUUCAUCAGUUACAAAGAAGCGGUACAGGAACACAGAUUUGAAGAGUUUCUUCAGUAGCAAUUUAUCAAGUGGUUCAGCCCCAAGUACCCAUCAGAGUGAGAAUGCUGCUGUAGUUUCUGAAGAAGUGCUGGCUGAAGCUGUACCAGUAGAAGUUGAACCACCCGGAGAUGCUGAAAUGGGAGAUGUAGAAGCAGAUGGACUUCGAAUACCUAUUGAGAGAUUUCAUCCUAAUAUUAGAGGUGAUGUUCAGAGAGCUUAUUUUGUGGCAAAGGAUGCAGCAUUUUGCUUCUACUGCUUUCUUUUUAAGCAAGAACCUAUUGAUAAAAAAUUUGGACAUGAUGCUUUCACCAAAGCAGGGUAUACAAAUUGGAAAAAUGCAUACCAUGGACUUCUUCAUGUUGGUGGGCCAAUAAGUUUUCACAACAGAGCAAGGGCAGCAAGCGUAGAUUUUAGGAAUGCAAAGGCAAGUGUCACACAUAAGGUUGAAACUCACAGCAAAGAUGCACAAGUGCGAUAUGAAACUCGUGUUACAACAGCUUUAGGUAUUGCUAGUUUUCUCAUUGCACAAGGCCUUUCAUUCCGUGGACAUGAUGAAACUAUUGCUUCCUUAAAUAGAGGAAAUAUUUUAGAGAAGGUUGAGUGGUACAAGAUAAGGGAUGAGGAGGUAAGGGUUGCAUUUGAGGAGCUGUGUCCAUUAAAUGCCCAAAUGAUUUCUCCCAAGAUUCAAAAGGACAUAUGUGAAAGUUAUGCAAUGGAGAUCAGCAAUGUGAUAAAGAAGGAGAUUGGUGAUAAAUGUUUCUCCGUUCUAAUUGAUGAAUCCCGUGAUGUGUCAAUAGCGGAACAAAUGGCUGUCAUUGUAAGGUUUGUGAACAACAAAGGAAUGGUUGUGGAAAGGUUUUUGGGUCUUCAACAUGUGCCAGAUACAACAUCAAAUGCAUUGAAGAAAGCUUUGGUUCAGAUGCUUGCCAAGUAUGAUUUACCUAUUGCAAGACUAAGAGGACAAGGGUACGAUGGAGCUUCAAAUAUGAGAGGUCAAUUCAACGGUCUGCAAAAUAAAAUUCGUGAUGAGAACCCAUAUGCCUUCUAUAUCCAUUGCUUUGCUCACCAGCUGCAGUUGGUUAUUGUUUCUGUUACAAUUUGCUGCUCAUCUUUCAAUGAUUUCUUCACCUAUGUGAGUAUGAUUGCAACCAGCGUUGGUUCAUCUUGCCAAAGGAAGGAUAAGCUGAUUUCAAAGCAUUGUGACACAAUUCUGCAGCAAUUGGAGAGUGAUCCAAGAGACAACUUCUCAAAGUUUGAUGUUGAUAAGAUUUCUCGUCUAACGGAGAUCUAUGAUCAAGAUUUCUCAACUGUUGACCGUUCAAAUAUCAAGGAUCAACUUGAGACAUUCCUUCUCCAUGUGCAAAGAGUUGAAGAGUUCAAUACUUGUACAGAUCUUGGAAGUUUGGCAACGACGAUGGUUGAAGCUAAAAUGCAUACAGCUUUUUCAUUGCAUGUCUGA